AUAAAAAUUAGGUAGCGUGAAGUCUGGUGCGCUACGGUUGAAGGUCGGCCUAAAGACCACCAUCUGCCGAAUGAACCAAUCAGACUAUCGGCCGUUUUAGUUUAGAUGCGCUACAUAUAAAUGAUCUAAUCCAACAGCUCUAUGUAGAUAUACACAACAAGAUCAAAGUGCAUCUAAGGUUUCGAAAACGUUUUGAGAAAUAACCAUGAGAUGGAAAGCUAUACUGCAAAACAAUCUUGUUCUUCUGUCAACUCUCAUAGGAAUUGUAGUAGGAAUCAUCCUGGGUGUUAUGCUAAAUUUUCUUACCGUCCCAGAACCUGUCUUAUUAUGGAUAGGUCUACCUGGGGAACUUUUUAUCAGGUCAUUAAAUUUGGCUGUUAUCCCUCUGAUAACCACGAAUAUAAUGUCAAUGUCGUCUAAGCUGAAGCCUUCAGUGCAAGGGAAAAUGGCGGUGCUUGCUUUGGGAUACUGUGUUUCAAUGAAUAUUUGUGGAGCUUUUCUUGGUCUCGGUAUUACCGCACUUAUCGACCCAGGUGGUAGAUACACCACAAGUGUUAAAGAGACGAACAGAUUGUCAAAAGGCUCCAGGAAAAUCGAAAUCUCGGACGUAUUUCUAGACUUCUUCAGAAAUAUGAUUCCUGAUAACAUUGUUAGGAUGUUUUUGUUUUCGACAGGUACAACAUACGAGCCAGUUGAAUCUUUUCCUAACUCAAAUGGUAAUUUGUCUUCAUCUAUAACAUACAAACGAGUAGUUGAGCAUGUGGAACAAACAAAUAUCCUAGGAUUGUUUACCACUAGCCUUGUUAUUGGUUUAGUUGCUGGUUCUCGAAGGGAAAAAUUACGUCCAUUAAUUGCAAUGUUUGAGUGUAUUUCCGAAAUAAUGACCAUAAUUAUUGAGUUUAUUAUCAAAUUGCUCCCAAUCGCCAUGAUAAGUUUAAUCGCAUAUGCAAUUGCACGAAUGGAAAGAAUUGGCGAUAAUUUUGUCGCAUUAAUUCUGUUCGUAGCAUCGUCAAUUACAUUUCUUUCAAUCAUUGUACUUGUGAUCAUGCCAGUAUUUUACUUCAUAGCAGUAAGACGAAAUUUAUUUCGCUUCUAUUGCUGUUUAUCUGAGCCUAUAUUGACUGCUUUCAGUUCGACCAGUUCUUUAAUUGCUCUUCCACAACUUUUUCAAGUUUGUGAUCGUUAUGGAAUUGAGUCAGAUUUGGUACGAACUGUAGCACCGUUUCUCACAAGUUUCAAUGCAAAUGGAUCUGCUGCAUUUAUUGCAUCUGCUGUUUGCUUUGUAGCCCAAUUAACUAAACAAUCUUUAAAUGCUGGUCAGUUUAUUGCAAUUGGGCAAUAUAGAAAGAGUCGAGAUACAUAUCAACUGGACUGAUACAACACAUGUUUCAGUUCUACCAGUUAAUACACACCUACAACAAAUUUAGUCUCCUUACUCAAAUCCCAUUUAAUUACUGUGUAUACUGUCACACAAAAGUAUUUGUAACCUUUCGAUGUCACAAAACUCUAAUGAUCAUCUUUCAAGGUUCACCAUUAUGUUUCAUACUUGACCUUCAUAUCCAAAUAAAUAUCUUGGAAAUAACACAAGUAAUAUUUUUAUCCGGUGUCAAUGUGAUGGCACUGCCUGCAAUUCCAAGUGCAAGUAUCAUAACUGUUAUUCUAAUAACACGUGCAUUUGACAUUUCUGAAUCUACCUCCGUAUCAUUACUUUUUGUUACUGAGUUUAUCGCUGAUCGAUUACGUACCGUUGUAAAUGUUAUGAGUCAUGGUACUUGUGUUCUAUUCAUUCAUAUGAAGUUACACCAGGUGAGUUCGACGUCGAAUAUUCAAAAUCAUUUCAUUCAAACCACAAAAGUUGUCAGCGAUUCAGCAUCAUCCGACAGUGUAUCAUAGCUGCUGUUAAACAAUUCAUUGAUCAAAAGAAAAUAGUGUUCCGUUGUUGUUGUUGUUUUUUCUUGUCUGUGUUUUAUUGUUUUUAUUUUCUGUUCACUAAAGUACACCCUUGUAUUAUUUUGUUUUACCUAUUGAUCUUUUUGCUGUGAUAACUAAUUUGUUUAGUUUAUGUUAAAUAAUACCUACCCUUUGUUGUGUUUACCAUAGAUGUAUUUUUAUUUCAAGUUUGUGAUAUUUUCAUCAAAAAGACAAUUUUUCUAAAUCAUAUUAUACGAUAAAUAAAUUCGAAUAAAAAUUGAUGAUACUCAGAUUAGUUUUUACAAGGUACGAACUAACCAGGGACUUCAUUACAUAAACUCCUAGCCAGGUUUAAUUUUAAUUUCAAACUUUCAUGAAGAUUGUUAAAAGUUUACUUCUUUAUUAUUUAUACUUUUGUCAUUUAUUUUUUUUAAAAUCUUCAAGAAUAAACAUAUGCUGUUUAGUUCAUUAUUCUAUUAGUUUUGUUUGAUAAGUACAUGUAUUUGUUGUUUCUAUACUAUCAUGUAAUUUUUUUUUGAAUAUAGAACAAACCAUUGGAAUUCUUAACUUCGAUGUAACAUUAAUCUUAUUCUAUAAAAUAUAAACAUUUAUAAGUAGAGUGUUAUGGAUAAGUUUUCGGUCUCAAGGUCAGUAUAACGAUGUAAUACUUCUUUUUUUUUUAAUAGCAUCCUGUUCGAUUUAACUAGUCAAAUUAAAAUGGUCUAAUAUAUUUAUCUAUUGUUACAUUAGUUCACAAAUUUGAAAAGCUUCAAUGAGUAUCCGUAAAAUUUAAUAGAAUAUUUGUUAAAAUAAUAAGUUGAGAAAGAAAACCUGCUAAAUUGUGAU